AUGCCGCUGCAAGGGACAAGAAGCCACUCCCCAGAGGGACGGGAAGCAGCUUUCAGGCCAGCGGCAGCACCGGCACUCGUCCAUUGCUGUGUGGACAAGGGCACAGCUCAAGUGUUCCGCUUCGUUCUGGUAGCGGAAAGUUUGUGGCUUCAGUCAAGGGGCGCGCCGCUGCCACAGGCUGAUUUAGACUGCCUGUCACUUGUCGUCCGAGGUAAAUUUGAGGUCAUUCCCUCUCACUCCAGCGAAACACUUAUGAUGGGAACGUACGUACUGUACAUCCUCCCAGAGAAGCAGCAGCACCAACUCGAUUCAGCCGUGAAGUCAAUGGCCGUCGGCUUCUUCGCCACGGGGGGUUUGCACCACACGGAACAGGCAGGCCUCUGUGGUAGUGAUGGUGACCUUCCCGACCUUAAAUGUAGGCGGGAUGAACGAGACGUCUUCCCUCGCGGAGUGUCUGGGCGGCGUCAUCGUUUGUCCCGUCUUGCAGGUUGUUGGAGACGUAGACGCUCUUCAGCUUCAUUCGAUGAAGACGUUCCUUACCACCCUCCUUCUCACCCUCGUUACGUAGCCUCCACUUCCUACUCAUACAUCCCCGCCUCCUCCCCUCAUCCCGCUAACUCGGGGUCGCCCCCAACACGACCCACAGCCUCCAUAGCGACCUUCCCCACCUCAACCCUCACCAUAGCCGCCUCGCCUCUCCUCCUGGUACCCUCGUCUGGCUUUCCUCUUGUGGGUGCCUCAGGGUCCUUUGCCACGCCUCCCGCUACCCCAGACUCGUCUUCAAGUCCCUCACAUCCCCUUGUAACUACCCCAGGUUCCUCUCAUCCUCUUACUACUCCUCCAGGAACGUCUUCUCCUGUUCAUGCUCCAGUUUCCUCACAUCCCCUUGCAAUUCCCCAAGCUUCCUCCUCUCCCUCCCCUCCUGCUGUGACUGCUGCAGGUUUGCUACGUCCUCUUAAGACUCCCCCAGGAAUUACUACUUCUCCCACUCAAAGUUCUCCACAUGGCCUUGCAGCUCCUCCAGUUUCCUCCUCCUCUCCUUUAACUCCCACUGAUUCCUCUUCUGUAGCGGCCUCAAACUCCAAACAGCCAAAACCAGUCGCAACUGAAGUGUCCUCUCACACUGUAGCCGCCCAAAGCUCCUCUGCUCCACCUGUAGAAAGCUCCCCUAAUAAUCCUGUCGCGGUUGUCAAGCCCAGCACAGCAUCACCGGGGAAACAGUCGGCACCACACAUACUACUAACGCCCGCGGCCGCCGCCUCCACCGCUCCACGCCUGACCCCAACCUCCGCGUUGGGUAGGGGCGCUCACUCUCACGCCCCCGGCAAGCCCUCCCACGCCAAGGGCAAGCCGGGCGUCACUUACCCCGUUACCCUCCUCACCACCACCACCACAACCACUGCCGCCGUCGCCUCCGCCGCCUCAAGAAGCCCCACCCACCCCUCGCGACGCUGGAAAACGCUGUGUGAGUACUGUGCCAAGAAGUGCUCGGGAGAGGUACUUCGCGUGCAGGAGAAGUACUUCCACAUCAACUGCUUCAAGUGUCACAGCUGCAAGAAGUCCCUAGCUCAGGGCGGGUUCUUCACACGGGAGAAGGAUUAUUACUGCACCGAGUGUUACCAAAAGAACUUCGGCCAGCGGUGCGCCACUUGCGGCCUGUACGUGGAGGGCGAGGUGGUGUCUGCCCUCGGGAACUCCUAUCAUCAAAAGUGCUUCACCUGUGCCCGUUGCAGACAACCCUUCCCAACUGGAGAGCGUGUCACCUACACAGGGAAGGAGUGCCUCUGCCAGCGAUGCCUCCACAUUCCUGUUGUGGACUCCCAGUCACCCAGCCGCUCCCCCACUGCAGCCGGCCCGAAAUGUGCCGGGUGCAAAGAGGAAUUGGUGGAGGGCCAGGCACUCAUUGCCCUGGACCAGCAGUGGCACAUCUGGUGCUUCAAGUGUGCCGUCUGCAGUACUGUUCUCCAUGGGGAGUACAUGGGAAAGGAUGGCCUCCCCUAUUGCGAGAAGGACUACCAGGCCCAGUUUGGGGUAAAGUGUGCCUACUGCAACCGCUACAUCAGCGGCAAGGUGCUACAGGCAGGUGACAACCACCACUUCCACCCGACGUGUGCCCGAUGCACCAAGUGUGGUGAUCCAUUUGGGGAUGGGGAGGAGAUGUAUUUGCAAGGCACUGCUAUUUGGCACCCCCGCUGUGGCCCCGGACCCACUGAAAAUGGCACAGUCCUGAAUGGCUCUUUGUCCAAUGGCCACCACAUUAAUGGUGACCAGAAAGCUGAGAGGGAGCGAGACUUUGAUGGUAUGAGCUCCACUGCAUCAGAAACACAGUUUAUCGAAACUGUAGAAUCAACAGGCCGAUGGCGAAGGUUCUCAGGCCCUUACCGCACUUGCUCACCGGGCUUGAUCCUAAGGGAAUACAAGUCCUCGCAGAGCCCUAUUGACAUCACACGCAUCUAUACCUACUCGUAUCUCACUGCGGAGCCUUCCCAAGGGUACCUCAAACGCCCACUGGACCCAUACGACCGUCCUCCACCUAAGUCGCCACAUUUCCACCGUCCACCAACUGAUAGCCGGAAGCUAUCACUGCCUAAAACCUCAAGCCGGCUGGGGAUGAAGGUGCUGGUGGAUCAGAUGCAGUCUGACACUCCAAGGCCCAAGUCCCCACACAUGAACAAUGAGGAGCCAAUCAUCCUUUCCCAUUACCCAGGUGGCCGCAAGCCACACCAAGGUGACGUGUCCCGCAUCGAACGAGACGACUUCCCCGCCCCACCAUACCCGUAUACCGACCCUGAUGUUUCAGAGAGGCGGAGGAGAUGGUCAGGGAGCAACAAAGCUGUCAGCAUCGAUGAAACUGAUGAGGGAACUGAGCAGGAGGAUGAGAGUUUGGCUGAGGAUCCUAAACUAAAAAGAGAAGAGGUUGAACUAAGCAAGAUUGCAACCGGCAUUGGUAAAGUGUUCCUCCAACAAGUGAAGGAGAGGGAGAAGAUCCGUGCAUGGAAGGCCACUCACCUGGAUCCUCGCAAUGCCUCCCGAACCCCAGCAGCCGACCGUGAGCCAGGGAACAAGUUGCGCUUUGGUUCAUCCCUAAAUGCUUCCCCAUCACGGAUGACAGACCACAGCCGCCCGUGGGGACCUGAAGAAGAUGAGUUUGAUAGGGGUUCCUCAUACCGUUGUUCCACUGGCAGGUCCUCAGCCACCAUUCCUUCUUAUAACGUUGUAUCAGCCCUCCGUGGAGAGCCUAAACCUGGUUACGGACUCAAGUCCUCCACUCUGCCAGCGGCUGGACGUAAUGGUGGCUCUGCUGGAAUGAUGGGUGACUACAGUUUCUCCGGCCUAGGGGAGAAGACGCAGAGCACUGAGUUCAGUAGUGCUCGCUCAGACGUUUCAGCAGGUUCGCUCACAGAAGCCGAUAGGAGUGCAUUGAACGCAGAGUUGUGUGCAUCCGCAACAUACAGUAGUGGCCUGCGUGGCUACUCUUCAUACUCCCCACAUCUGCGUCGUUCACUGCCCAACAUGCACCAUAUGUCUUCUGAGCCUCCCAAGAUCUAUCCUGCCCAUCUUCUUCUUGUAUCUAAUUAUCGCCUGCCCAACGAUGUGGAUCGCUGUCACUUGGAGCGUCACCUCUCAGACACCGACUUUGAAAUGGUGUUCCACAUGACCCGGAUGGACUUCUACCGCCUCCCUGAGUGGAGGAGAAAUGAACUUAAGAGGCGAGCCAAACUUUUCUAAACAUAAAUAGUAUCGGUUUCAGUGAAAGAUCAAGAGUACUGUACCUACAUUGAUAAUUAGUUUCACUUAUGAUAAUUUUAGUUCUCAAAUUAUGUAUCUGCAAGUAUUUUAUUGGAAUAGGAAAAUUGAUGAGAUCCAAUUUUAAAUGUUUUAAAAUACAUAUGUAUAUAUAUUGUAAUUAAAAAUGUCUUCUGACUAAAUUACGUAAAUUAUCAAGAUUUUCAUCAGCAGGGUGGAAGACACAAAACCAGGCUGAUGUUGUUAUAAAAACUAUUCAUACACAAGCUGCAAAAUGAUUACAGACGGUGCUUUUAUCAAUUCCAUGUGACGUAUAUUUGUAGCAAAUAUCUGUGUAGUAUUUUGUAAUGCCUAUUGUAAAAUAUUUAAUUAGAUGAAAACCCAGAGUGGUUUUUUGUAUAUCACUGGAGCAAAACAAAAAUUCCUUAGUAAAUUCUUAAUCUUACAGAUAUUUAUAAAGAUAUUUUUAAAUGUAACUGAAAGAAAUUAUGAUAGGUCAAACUAUUCCUUCUUGGGCAGGAGUGGAAUCUAAAGGUGACCACACUAUACACUUGCCUGGCCAGAGCGCUCUUGGCUACUUGAGUGUCCCUCCUCUAGUCUAUAGUUUAUUUUUUUCUCAGUGGAUACCAUCUAGAAUAUUCAUGGACUUUUUUUUUUUUUUUUCCCUCUUUAAUUUUCUGUUGAAAUCUCUUAGUGUUGUAAUUUGGUGCUUAUGUUAGGCAGUGACCACAAUGAUUUAAAAUGUUUCUGUAGCUAUCCAAGUUUGUAUACCUAAGUAUGACAUUAUUCACACAAUCCUUUAAUUUUAGCUGUGUAAAUAUGAGCAAGAAAAAGAACUUCUAAGUGACUCUGUGUCAUCAUGACUUGUUUUACCACAUCCCAUAAGAUUGCUUAGAAAUUCAUUCACUUCUGGCUGUCUGAGUUUCCUCUUAAUGACUGUGUGUAACCCUGUCUGUACAUAGUGCCUCCCUAGAGCUUCAUACAACAUGCAGUGAGUGGUUGUGACCCUCAAGCAGGGCAGCCAAGGGUAUGCUGGGAAGGCUUCAUUAGUCUAUAUAUUGUAAAGAUCUCUAUCUUUUGGGAAGGAUAGAAGUCUUCCUUCAUGAAGAUCAAAUUAGGGAAAAUUUUCUGCUGUCUGUGCUUGUCAGAAUGUUACUGCAAUUGGCAUUAUCUUCAGCAAAGCUCCUUAUCAGAUUACAGCAAAAAGGAUGUUCACUCGUUAUCACCCCUCAAGAAAUUCAUAAGGUAUUAGAAUGUAGGAUUACAUGUUACUGAUCACACAAUUAGAGCAGGUGGUUUGUGGCUGUGUGUGUGUGUGUGUGUGUGUGUGUGUGUGUGUGUGUGUGUGUGUGUGUGUAAACAUGAAUGUGUGUUUAUGUAUAUGCGUAUGUACUGUCUGUCAUUCCCAAGAUAAAGGGGAUUGUGUGAUUGAUUGUUAUAUCAUUCUGUUAAUGCACUGGCUACAUCAGUGGUUGUUUAAAACUGCCAAGCUCUUUUUUGAAGGACAUGUUUUAUACUUCAGGCUUCUCAUGGAAGUGAACCAUAAUCAGGCUUUUUAUGACAAAUAUUAUCCUAGAUGUAGUUAUUACCAUUAAGGAUGAAUUGUGAGACUGCAAAAAGUACAGUUCUGCUAAUUUUGUGUGAUGAGUUUUACACAUCUGUUUGAAGCCUUUAUAGCCCCUAGUUUGUAGGUAUGACAGCCACACUAAACUUCACUGUUCCUGGAGGCAAUCACUGCUGAUGCUUCAGGAACAGUCAGGUUACAGUGACAUUAUAUGAUCAUAUUUGCUUUGUUUUCUGUAGUGGUAGACAUUUUCAAGCCUCAACCCCUAUAUAUAUAUAUUUUUUUUUUUUUUCACUUUUUUUUUAUGUCCAGCUGUAAGAAUAAUGAUUCUGUAUGGUGCUGUGUUCCUUGUUUAUCUUCAAGCUCUUUUUUGUUUUUCCCAUUUAGUAAUAUCAUUAUUAUUAUAUUUUUUUUGUUGUAGAUUUUUGUGCAUUUUCACCUUCCAGAUAAAAGGACCAAUGACUAACUUUUUUGGACACUUAUCAAAACUGCAAAAUACUGUAUAGGAUUAUUAUUGUGAUUUGUUGGCUAUUUUUGAAAUGUGCAGCUUUACAAGAGAGAUGAAGAUAUUUAUAUUUUCUACCAUACUUCUUGAUCUGAGUUUUUAUAAUGUUAAGCAAGUCUUCAUGAAACAAUAUCUAUUACAUCAGAAUGUUAAUUAAUUUGCUAUUUUCUGUUUUUGCGGGGAGAGGGAGCAAAAUUAAAAAGCUGCUGCUAAAUAGAUUAAUUAUGCAUAUUCUUUGUAUAAUAAACCUUCAGAAUGCAUUGAGAAACUUUCAAGAAAUUGGCAAUACAUUUGUCAAGGCUCCUGACAUCACUGCAGAAAUUUUAGAUCCAAGAUUAUAUUUAAUGAAAAUUGGAAGAUUUUUUUUUUAUGUAUUUAUUUAUUUUUUAUUUAUUUAUUUAUUUAUUCUUUUUUUUUUUUUUUUUUCUGAAAAUCAAAUUAUGACAAGUUGAAGAUGUUCAUGUAAAAUUCCUGUUUACAACACAGUUAGUCUGAAAGCAAUAUGUGUAUUGAAUUCAACAAAAAAGAAGAUACAACAGUACAUCUUGAACUGAAUGUGCUGAAAUCUGUGACCUCAUUUAUAGUGUAGCUUUAUAUGCUAUCACUUAUUUGUCAGUCACUGUUCUUAUACUCCCAACAUGCAUAUGCAUACAGUACACUACACCAUCUACUGAUAACUGCCAGGUGAAUGUUGUCAUAACUGUCUUGAGCAGAGCAGCUGUCCUCAUCCAGGUGUCUUGUGCUGGUCACACCACUAGAUAUUUGUAAUUAGAAUUUGUUUAAUUUCCCAUCAAAUCAGUCUGUCAUGGUUAGUUCUAUACUUCAUAAGCUUUCUGUACCUAGACAGGUAUUAGUGCAUGUUGUAACUGCAAAUUCCAAAAGCACAAUUAACUACAUCCUCUCUCCUGUGAGAUUUGAUCCUAAUUAGUGUGGAUGCCAUUCCUUGGGAAGCCACUCUGCCUUCACUGCACACCUAGCACCAAAAGCAACAAGAGGAAGGCUGCUGAGUUCAGAAAUUGGGAGGAUGUUUCAGGUUUCAUGAACUUACUUCAUUCUAUCCAGAAGUAUGUGCUAAGUCAUUACUUGGUGCAUUUCCAAAAGUAUAUUUUUCAGAGGAAAAAUUUUAGGGCCAAAAGCUAAAGUCAUUAGUCCUAAUGACAUUAAUGAUCUUGUGGCUUCAGUUCUAAUAUCAUUGACUCACAGCAACUUUGAUAUUGCAUUGAGUGCCAGUCCUUGGUGCAAACUGAAGAAUAUUUAAUGUAAUUCAAAAUUCAAUAUAGCCAAGAUCACCUUAAUCCUUCAUUAUUGUUAAACAUAACUACAGAAAUAUAGUGCUUACUAAAGGUGUCAUACUCAUAAGAGUUAUGAUUGUAGGCAGAAGUGCUUCAGCUGUGAAUAGCACCCACAUGUACUUGCAUACUGGUGGCUUGCUUUCCCUCCUUUUAUGUGCUAAUUAACACAAGGAUUGCUGUUAAUAGUCAUCUCAUUAUUAACAUGGGCAAAGCAUGGGUAGUGGUUAGUGUGGCAACAGUAAGCUAUUGUGGCUUUUUAUAUCAUUAUCAUUACUAUCACCAUUGUCAUCAUUAUCAUUAUUGGUAUUUCAAGUUUUAUGUAGUUUUAUCCAACAUUAGUAGCAUCAACCAUUUUGUAUUUUAAUCAUAUUACUGACACAAAUAUUCACUCA